CGAGCCGUCGUCGUGCGCUCCGUGCCGCGCUCCCGGCCCCACCAUGGGCAACAGCGCGGGCCGCAGCGACUUCGAGUGGGUCUACACCGACCAGCCGCACACUCAGCGGCGCAAGGAGAUGCUCGCCAAGUACCCGGCCAUCAAGGCCCUGAUGCGGCCCGAUCCUCAUCUCAAGUGGACGGUACUGGGGCUGGUGCUGGCGCAGCUGCUGGCCUGCUGGCUGGUGCGGGGGCUGGCGUCGUGGCUGCUCUUCUGGGCCUACGCCUUCGGGGGCUGCGUGAACCACUCGCUGACGCUGGCCAUCCACGACAUCUCGCACAACACCGCCUUCGGCACGGGCCGCGCCGCCCACAACCGCUGGUUCGCCGUCUUCGCCAAUCUGCCCAUAGGCGUGCCCUACGCCGCCUCCUUCAAGAAGUACCACAUAGACCACCACCGCUACCUGGGUGGCGACGGGCUGGACGUGGACGUGCCCACGCACUUCGAGGGCUGGUUCUUCUGCACGCCGGCCCGCAAGCUGCUCUGGCUGGCGCUGCAGCCCUUCUUCUACACGCUGCGGCCGCUCUGGGUGCACCCCAGGGCCGUGACCCGCAUGGAGGUCUUCAACACCCUGGUGCAGCUGGCGGCCGACGCCACCAUCUUCGCCCUCGGUGGGCUCAAGCCCGUGGUCUACCUGCUGGCCAGCUCGCUGCUGGGCCUGGGCCUGCACCCCAUCUCGGGCCACUUCGUGGCUGAGCACUACAUGUUCGUCAAGGGCUACGAGACCUACUCCUACUACGGGCCCCUCAACUGGAUCACCUUCAACGUGGGCUACCACGUGGAGCACCACGACUUCCCCAGCAUCCCCAGCUGCAGCCUGCCCCUGGUGCGGAAGAUUGCGCCCGAGUACUAUGACCACCUGCCACAGCACCACUCGUGGGGGAAGGUGCUCUGGGAUUUCGUGUUCGAGGACUCUCUGGGGCCCUACGCCAGGGUGAAGCGGGUGUGCAAGCUGGCACAGGACCGCCUGUGAGCCCUACCGACUGGCACCUGGAGUGGAUGGACCUGCAGUGCCCUGGCCCUGCUGCCCGGGCCUCAGUGCUGAGGGUGGGGGCCGGGCCUGUGGCUCGUGGGUUACUGCCCCCCCCCCCCGCCCACCUGCUGCAGAGCUGGUUGUCACUGUCCCCUCCUUAGCCUAGUGCCCAGAACUGGUUUGGCUGCAUUUGGUUCCUGCACCCUGGGCUGCUGCUAGAGACCAAGCCUGGCGACAGCAGGCACAGACCGCUACCUGGAGAAGCUGGGUCUGCACAUGGACGCGCUGCGACCUCGGGCCAGGCCCCCACUUUCUGAGCCUCAUGGGGCGAGGCCUGGCCCUGCCCUAGGUGCAUCAGAGGAGCAGAGGUUCCCACGCCCUCGAUUAAAUCAGCGUUUUUUUGCUUUCACAUGCACAGAUCGUGUUUCCCAGGGGUGGUCUUGGCUCAGCCUGGGCCUCAGAGAACGGCUCCUGGCCAGCCCUGGAGGCCCCAGUGGGCCUCCCUCUUGGCCAGCCCCUGGUCACACCUCUGCUCCCCACCCCUUGGGGACCAC